CCCCCCCCACACACACACACACGUCACACACAGUCCACACACACCCACACGUGACGGCACACAUACUCACACAAGCACACAUAUGCACAGAGGCAUCAUGCAGGAGUCAGAGCCUACAGUGUGCCAGCUGCAGCCCAACAUUAUCUCAGUGCGUCUUUUCAAGAGGAAAGUUGGCGGUUUGGGCUUCCUGGUGAAGCAGAGGGUGUCCAAGCCACCUGUCAUUGUGUCCGACCUCAUCCGCGGCGGAGCAGCUGAGGAGUGCGGCCUGGUGCAGGUAGGCGACAUCGUCCUGGCUGUCAACAACAAGCCGCUGGUGGACCUGUCAUACGAACGGGCACUGGAGACGCUGAAGAACGUAUCGCCCGAGAGUCACGCCGUGCUGAUUCUCCGUGGGCCUGAAGGCUUCACCACCCACCUGGAAACUACUCUGUGUGGAGACGGCCGGCAGCGCACAGUGCGGAUCACGCGGCCUGCUUUUCCAGCCUCAAAGUCGUACGAGCACUGCUCCCUGCUCAGCCUCUUUAGCCCCGGCCAACAGCAGGUUACCAAGGAGCCACAGCUAAGGGCCAUUGAGAACCUGUCGUCUCCCUCCAUCACCCAGUCCCUCCUGCAGAGGGGAGGCGUGCAGGCCCAGGACACCGUGCUGAUGAGGGACGGGGGCCGUGGGUCACUUCUGUGUAAUGGGCUGGAGGAGAACAAUGAGCUGCUGAAGGAAAUUGAACCAGUGCUUCGCCUGAUCAAAAACACGAAACGGGAGCUGAACGGUGAAGGACAGAGAAAUGCCGGGAGAAGAGACAUCGAGAUUCAAGUGGACUGGAACUUUGGCAUGGAAAACGGAACAUCCCAAAUGUUGUUCUCAAAUAUGGACAAGAAACCUGAUGACAUGCUGAAGAAAGACGGCAAGAUCAACAACGCAGUCACAGAUGAGGUUCCAGCUCAGGGCAGGACCUCACCCAACAAAGUAUUACAGAAUGGCAGCCCCUCCAAAUGCCCCCGCUUCAUAAAGGUCAAGAACUGGGAGACGGGUGCGAUCUACAACGACACACUGCAUCACAGCGCCACCAAGAAUCCUAUCUGCUCUGAAUAUGUGUGCAAUGGCUCUGUAAUGAUGCCCACCCCACACAUCCGCAAACCCGAUGACAUUAGAAGCAAAGAGGAGCUGCUCUCACUUGCAACGGACUUCAUAGACCAGUACUACUCCUCCAUUAAACGAUAUGGUUCGAAGGCCCAUGAAGACAGGUUGGAGGAGAUGACCAAGGAGAUUGAUGCUUCAGGAACAUAUCAGCUGAAAGAUAAUGAGCUGAUUUAUGGAGCUAAACAUGCAUGGAGGAAUGCUGCCCGAUGUGUAGGGAGGAUCCAGUGGUCCAAACUACAGGUUUUUGACGCUAGAGACUGCACAACAUCUCACGGAAUGUAUAAUUACAUCUGCAACCACAUCAAGUACGCCACCAACAAAGGCAACUUGAGGUCAGCAAUUACCAUAUUUCCUCAGCGAACAGAUCCCAAACAUGACUUCCGGGUGUGGAACAGCCAACUUAUCCGCUAUGCAGGCUACAAACAGCCUGAUGGACAUAUCCAGGGAGACCCUGCAAAUGCUGAAUUUACUGAGAUCUGCAUACAGCUGGGAUGGAAGCCUGCGAAAGGUCGAUUUGAUGUCCUCCCACUCCUGCUGCAAGCCAACGGAAAUGAUCCUGAACUGUUUGAAAUCCCAGAAGACCUCGUCUUGGAGGUGCUGAUCAGACACCCCAAGUACGAGUGGUUCGAAGAUCUGGACAUCAGGUGGUAUGCCCUCCCAGCUGUCGCCAACAUGCUGCUGGAGAUUGGUGGAUUGGAUUUCCCAUGUUGCCCUUUCAGUGGGCUGGUUAUGGGCACAGAGAUUGGAGUGAGGGAUUUCUGCGAUACCUCGCCGGUACAACAUUUGGAGCAAGUUGCUGAGAAGAUGGGUUUAGACACUAGGAAGACCUCCUCCUUGUGGAAGGACCAGGCCUUGGUGGAGAUCAACAUUGCUGUUCUCUACAGCUACCAGAAAGCCAAAGUGACCAUAGUAGACCACCACUCAGCCACAGAGUCUUUUGUGAAGCACAUGGAGAAUGAGUACCGGGUGCGAGGAGGUUGUCCUGGAGACUGGACGUGGAUUGUGCCUCCCAUGUCCGGAAGUGUCACACCAGUUUUUCACCAAGAAAUGCUCAACUACCGUCUCACCCCUUCUUUUGAGUACCAGCCUGAUCCUUGGAAUACAUACGUAUGGAAAGGUGUCAAUGGGACUCCAACAAAGAAAAGAGCCAUUGGAUUCAAAAAGCUGGCAAAGGCUGUUAAGUUUUCAGCCAAGCUCAUGGGUCAAGCCAUGGCCAAGAGGGUGAAAGCCACCAUCCUGUUUGCGACCGAAACGGGCAAAUCACAAAAUUAUGCCAAAACUCUGUGUCAAAUCUUCAAGCAUGCAUUUGAUGCAAAGGCCAUGUCCAUGGAUGAUUAUGAUGUUGUUGAUCUGGAGCACGAGGCACUGGUAUUAGUGGUAACCAGCACAUUUGGCAAUGGUGAUCCGCCUGAAAAUGGAGAGAAAUUCGGAGCUGCUUUAAUGGAGAUGCGUCACCCAACUUCUAACACUGAAGGCCGAAAGGGGUACAAGGUCCGAUUCAACAGCGUGUCCUCUCACUCUGACACUCGGAAGUCUUCCAGUGAUGAACCAGAAGCGAGAGUCAACUUUGAAAGUACUGGACCCCUCGCCAAUGUGAGGUUCUCAGUGUUUGGCCUUGGCUCCAGGGCCUACCCACACUUCUGCGCCUUUGCCCACGCUGUGGACACGCUGUUUGAAGAGCUCGGGGGGGAACGCAUCCUACGCAUGGGAGAAGGAGACGAGCUGUGCGGACAGGAGGAGUCAUUCAGAACCUGGGCCAAAAAAGUGUUUAAGGCUGCCUGUGAUGUGUUCUGUGUUGGCGAUGAUGUGAAUAUCGAGAAGGCCAAUGAUUCCUUGAUCAGUAAUGACCGCAGCUGGAAGAGGGACAAAUUCCGCUUGACAUACACAGCUGAGGCCCCGGCCCUCACAGACGCAUUGUACAGCGUCCACAAGAAGAGGGUGUUUGGAGCAAAAAUGCUUGAAUCUCAAAAUUUACAGAGUCACAAAUCUACUCGCUCCACCAUAUUUGUACGUCUCCACACAAAUGACCAUGACGCCCUGCGAUACCAGCCUGGUGACCAUCUGGGCAUCUUCUCUGGCAAUCAUGAGGAUUUGGUGACAUCUCUCAUCGACAAACUAGAGGAUGCACCGCCUGUAAAUCAAAUAGUGAAAAUUGAGUUCCUAGAUAAGAGGACCACUGCACUGGGUGUAAUCAGUAACUGGACAGCAGAGACGCGGAUCCCUCCAUGCACCAUCAACCAGGCCUUCCAGUACUUCCUGGACAUCACCACUCCUCCAAGUCCUGUGCUGCUGCAACAGUUUGCUGCUCUGGCUACCAUUGACGAAGAAAAAAAGAAACUAGAGAUCCUCAGUAAGGGUUUGCAAGAGUAUGAAGAGUGGAAAUGGUACAACAAUCCCACAAUGGUGGAGGUACUGGAGGAAUUUCCUUCCAUCCAGAUGCCGUCCACUCUGCUACUCACCCAACUGCCGCUACUGCAGCCUCGCUACUACUCCAUCAGUUCGUCUCCGGACAUGCACCCAGGAGAGAUUCAUCUCACUGUAGCUGUGGUCUCAUACCCCACCAGAGAUGGAUCAGGCCCUGUCCACCAUGGAGUGUGUUCAUCCUGGCUCAAUAGGAUAGAAAAGGGGGAGAUGGUACCAUGUUUUGUCCGAAGUGCACCGUCCUUCCAACUUCCCCAAGACCACAAUGCUCCUUGUAUCCUGGUGGGUCCAGGAACGGGUAUUGCACCAUUCAGAAGCUUCUGGCAACAGAGGCUAUAUGACCUUGAGCACAAAGGGACUGAGUCAUGCCCCAUGACCCUGGUGUUCGGUUGUCGGCAAUCAGAGAUAGACCACAUCUACAAGGAGGAGACUAUCCAGGCCAAGAACAAGAAAGUGUUCAAGGAGCUCUACACAGCGUAUUCCAGAGAACCUGGCAAACCAAAGAAAUAUGUGCAGGAUGUACUGCGAGAGCAGCUGUCAGAGGUGGUGUAUCGGUGCCUGAGAGAGGAGGGAGGACACCUCUAUGUUUGUGGGGAUGUUACUAUGGCUGGAGAUGUUCUGAAGAAUGUCCAGCAAAUCAUCAGGCUGCAGGGCAACAUGAGCCUGGAGGAGUCUGGCUCCUUCAUCAGCAAGCUUCGGGAUGAGAACCGCUACCAUGAAGAUAUCUUUGGUGUGACACUGCGUACCUAUGAGGUCACCAACCGGCUUCGAUCAGAGUCCAUCGCCUAUAUUGAGGAGAGCAAAAAGGACUCAGACGAGGUUUUCUGCUCAUAGGUCUAUGAAUCAGAGCUUUCUGACAACAACCAGUCAAGAGGAGAUGACAAGACUGGUUAAAGAAUACUGUGCCAAUUUUUGUACUGUAAAAAAAUGUGUGUUAUAAAUACAUAU